AUGGCAACGCAGACCUACGUGUCCGAGCUGACGGCCACCACACCGACACCGCCGCAGCCGCCGCCCCCCAACGCUGCCGCCGCCGCUGCCUUUGGCACGGAGCUGCCCGCGCCCCCCGCGCCCCCCGCACCGCCCCCCGCGCCGCCCGCGCCCCCCACACAGCAGUUCAUCGUUGUUGCCGUCACCGAGGGCGCGCUGCGGGCCAGCGAGGCGGAAGGCAGCCCCGCGCCCCCCGCCGCCCCCCCGGCCGGGCCCAGCACCCAGGUGCCGCAGUUGCCCCCCGUGCAGCACGUGUACCCCUACGUCGAGGGCGCUGAUGGCUCCUACCCCCCCGCCACCAUCCGCUCGGGUUCGUACCCCUACGCCGAGACGCCGCUGUACGGGCAGAACGCGGGGGCCGCAUAUUUCGAGGGGACGGGGGGGGCGGGGGUGCAGGCCAGCCCCCCCCCGCCCAGCUCGCAGGCCCCCCCCGCCAGCGCCCCCGUCCCCAUCUUCGUUUCGGGGGGCGGGGGGGGGCAGAUUUUGGGGAGCGCCGCUCCUGCCCCCCCACAACAGCCGCCGCAACCGCAACCGCCGCCGCCGCCGGCGCCCCCCCAGCAAAGCAGCGCUGCCCCCCAGACUGCCGCCCCCCAAAACGCCGCCGCCGCCGCCCCCCCCGGCAGCACCUACGUCAUCCAGGGGGGGUACAUGGUGGGGGGGGGCACGCAGGGCUACUCGCACACCACCCGCGCCUCCCCCGCCACGGUGCAGUGGCUGUUGGAGAACUACGAGAGCGGCGAGGGGGUGAGCCUGCCGCGCAGCGCGCUGUACUGCCAUUACCUGCUGCACUGCCAGCACCGCCGCCUCGAGCCCGUCAACGCCGCCUCCUUCGGCAAACUCAUCCGCUCCGUCUUCACUGGACUGCGCACGCGCCGCCUCGGCACCAGGGGUAACUCCAAGUACCAUUACUACGGGCUGCGGAUCAAGGCCGGGUCUCCGCUGCUGCGGCUCAUGGAGGAUCAGCAGCCGCUCGCCAUGCGCCAACAGCCCUUCGCCCAGAAACAGCGGCUGAAGCCCAUCCAGAAGGUGGAAGGGAUGAGCAACGGGGGGUCCGGGGGGGCGCAGCCGGGGGGGGGGUCUCGCGACAUCAGCGCCCAAGUGCAGCAGUACCAGCAGUUCCUGGACGCCUCCCGCUCGCUCCCCGAGUUCCCUGAGCUGACGCUGCAGGAACAGCCGCUUCCCGACGGACUCAGUGCCGAGGACGUCCGAGCCUUCCAGAUGCUUUACCGCGAGCACUGCGAGGCCAUUGUGGAUGUGAUGAUCAAUCUCCAAUUCACGCUGGUGGAGACGCUCUGGAAGAGCUUUUGGCGCUGCAGCCCCGGCGAGGGGGGGCCCUCCGUGCUGGAGGAGGCGGAGAAGCGGCUGCCGCGGUGCCGUCUGGUGGCGUUGGCCAAACUGGAGCCGGUGCGGCGCUGGACGCGCGACUGCGACCAUUCGCUCUACCAGGGGCUGGUGGAGAUCCUCGUGCCCGACGUGCUGCGGCCCAUCCCCAGCGCGCUGACGCAGGCGAUCCGUAACUUCGCCAAGAGCCUGGAGAGUUGGCUGACGGGCGCCAUGGUGCACAUCCCCGAGGAGAUGGUCCGCGUCAAGGUGGCGGCGGCCGGCGCCUUCGCCCAAACGCUGCGGCGCUACACGUCCCUCAACCACCUGGCGCAGGCGGCGCGCGCCGUCCUGCAGAACACGGCGCAGAUCAGCCAAAUGCUCAGCGACCUCAACCGCGUCGACUUCGCCAACGUCCAGGAGCAGGCGGCCUGGGUGUGCCGCUGUGGGCCGCGCGAGGUGCAGCGCCUCGAGCAGGACUUCAAGGCGACGCUGCAGCAGCAGCGCUCGCUGGAGCAGUGGGCGGCCUGGCUCGACGCCGUCGUCGCCCGCGCUCUGCGCCCGCACCGCGGCUCCGCCAGCCUGCCGCGCGCCGCCAAGCUCUUCCUGCUCAAGUGGUCCUUCUACAGCUCGAUGGUGAUCCGGGACCUGACCCUGCGCAGCGCUGCGAGUUUCGGCUCUUUCCACCUGAUCCGACUGCUCUACGAUGAGUACAUGUACUACCUGGUGGAGCAGCGCGUGGCGCAGGCGCGCGGGCAGAGCCCCAUCGCCGUCAUGGGAGAGUUCGCCAACCUGAGCUCCCUCAACUCGCUGGAGCCUGAGAAAGAUGAGGAAGAGGAGGAGGAGGAGGAGAGCGAGGAGGAGCCGCUGCCGCCAGAGCCCCCCGAGCCCCCCGAACCCCCCUCCAAGCUGCCCCGCGGGGACACCCGGGGGCUCUUUGUGCCACCGCUGCCCUCCAGCUGAUCCCCCCCCCUCCGCUUCACCCCCCCCAGCGGCGCCCGGGGGGGCGGGGGGGGCGCUCAGUGCCUUACGCAGCGCCGGGAUCCUGUGCCAAAGCCCCCCCCCCGCAUGCCCCGGACCCGGGGUUAUUGGUGGGG